UGGGGAAGACGACACAACGGUUGGUAUCAGACUGAGAGUGAGAGGAGCUCAUUGAACAUCCAGCAUGAAGGCCAUGGUCUGGAAGCUGUUUUCUCUGUCUCUGCUGGGGUCUAAUGUCUUCCGGAUGGGCUUAGUUCAGUCCAAAGAUUCUCCAACUACAACGAAUGAGAACAUUGCCUCCACUUCAGCAUGGACCUCCAUCAGCACCACGGCUACCACUAUCAACGCUAACAGCAAUGGAAACAAUGGGAAUGGCAACAACAACCCCACCAACAGCAAAGACACCAGCAAUACCAGCAGCACCGGCAGCACCAACACGACCACCAACAACUCCAGCAGCACCAACAACAACAACAGCACCAGCAGCAAAGACACCAGCAAUACCAGCAGCACCGGCAGCACCAACACGACCACCAACAACUCCAGCAGCACCAACAACAACAACCCCACCAACAGCAAAGACACCAGCAAUACCAGCAGCACCGGCAGCACCAACACGACCACCAACAACUCCAGCAGCACCAACAACAACAACAGCACCAGCAGCAAAGACACCAGCAAUACCAGCAGCACUGCCAGCACCAACACGACCACCAGCAGCAGUGGAAGCAACCAGUCUGAUGGGAGCAAUCAGCAGCAGAAAAGCACCACAACCAAACCACCAAAGAUAAACUCAGCAAACGGAGGGAGCAGCUUCUCUUCUAUCAGUCUGCUGAUCUUCUCCUUCAUCAUUCUGGCUGCCUAG